AUGACGGCAAUCUUCCACGACAUGAUGCAUAAACAAGUACAAGACUACGUAGAUGAUAUUGUGGUCAAGUCAAGAGCUCGAGCAGACCACACUGGAGUCUUACGUCAAGUGUUCGAGAGGUGUCUAGAAUACAAAUUGAAGAUGAACCCUUUGAAAUGCGCUUUCGGUGUCUCUUCGGGCAAAUUUAUGGGAUUCCACGUAACUGCAGAAGGGAUCAAGCUUGUUGCCUCAUUCACCCCCUUGCUGAAGAAGGGAUCAGGCUUCGUUUGGACCGCAGCUCAACAGGAAGCAUUCGGAAAGAUUCAACGAAUACUAUCAUCCCCAGCCAUCAUGAAGUCUCUCGUCCAAGUGAAGCCUCUUUGUCUCUACACCGCCUUCAGUGACACCGCCGUCGGGGCCUUGCUCGCUCGAGAAGACGAUGAGGGAAUCGAACGUCCCAUAUACUACUUCAUUCGAAUACUAAGAGAUGCUGAACUCAGAUAUCCCAAGACGGAGAAAGCAUGUUUAGAUAUAAUUUAUUCCAUUCAGAAGUUUAGACAUUACCUGUUGUCCAACAAGGUGGUACUCAUAUCUAAAUCUGACCCUGCGAAGUUCUUACUUUCAAAACCGGUCCUGAUGGGAAGGACGGCCAAGUGUCUUCUCCAAAUGUCAGAGUUAGACAUAACGUGUGCAUCACUGAGAGUUAUCAAGGGGAAAUCAGUCGCAGACUUACUAGCAGCAUUCCCUGGGGAAGGCACUACGGGACUACACGAGGAUCUUCCUGGAGAAUUUCCAGACAUCUCCGUUGUCGAGGAAGAAGUGUGGUUAUUGUAUUUUGAUGGCUCCGCCACUCCUAGAAAUAACACCGGAGGAGCGGGCGUGGUCUUAGUAUCCCCAAAUGGGGAAGUAUUCUCACACUCCUUCAAGAUGGACUUCCAAUGCACCCACAACUCAGCGGAGUAUGAAGCCUUCCUCAUAAGGUUGUCAAUAGCCAAGCAAGCAGGAGUCACACGUCUGGGGAUAAGAGGUGACUCCAAGUUACUGGUGAACCAGGUGAAUGGAGUAUACGUAUUGAAGGAAUUAACACUAGCUCCAUACCGGUCAGAAGCACAAAGGUUACUAAACUACUUUUCCGAUGCAACCAUAAUCCAUGUUGGUCGCAUCAACAACAAACACGCCGAUUUUCUAGCCACGCUGGCGUCCAAAUUGAAGUUCGAAGGUUUAGAAGAAACCCUGACAGUAAAGAGGAUAACCAUAGUAUCAAAAUGGCUGUCACAAUACAAAGAAACCAAGAUUUGCGAUUGGCGAACUCCGAUCAUUCAGGAGCUCAGCAGCUCACUUUCCCAAGGAAAGGUCAUUCUCAAAACCCUGCAAAACUUCGUCAUGCUUCAUGGUAUGUUAUAUCAUCGAAACCCGGAUGGUCCCCAUCGAGAUGUCUUGGGGAUGAUGAAGCACAACUACAGCUUAAUCGCGUUCAUAAUGAAAUUUGUGGACAAUCACUGGUAUUAA